AUGGCGGAAGUAAGCGACGUAGUGCUGCACUGGAUCACGGCCCUGAACUGGAGCUCGGAAAUUGGCACCGAUCUGCUAUCGACGGGUGGCGGAACACCGACAAGGCGCGAUCCGACAACCAUCCCGAUGAUAGGAUACUGGGAGCGAUCGUUGAAGAACCUCUCCUCCGAGCAGCGCACCGUUUUCACCGUGUUCACCAUAAUGGUGAUGGUGAUGGCCAUCUUCGGCAAUGUCGUCACCGUCAUCACGAACGUGCGGCGUGAACAGCGGCACCUUCUGCGUGUCUGCAUGCUGUCGUUGGCCCUCUCCGACAUCUCGUUCGUGAUCGUCACGUCGGUCGUGUAUCUGUCGCAGUUCAACACGGAGUUUAACUCGCUUUGGACGCUCGGUGAGCUGAUGUGCACGUUUUCACCGUUCGUGCAGACGAUGGCGGUGCUGGUAAACAGCAUCACGCUGGUGGCGAUCGCGCUUGAUCGGUACAUGGCCGUCCGGAGUCUGGUGAAAGGUGUCUGGGAACCUAACGGGUGGUUCUGUGCCACGUGUGCUGCUCUGAUUUGGGGUCUUGGAGCCGGUAUUGCCAGCCCAAUGUUGACGCUGUACACCAUGUACGAUAUCGUGGUGCUUACGACGGACGCACUGCAACCGAAUGAGAUUAUCACAGGUUAUUACAUGGCGGCGAUCUGCGCCACGGAUAAGAGCAAAAACAGCUACUACUUUGUGGUCGUGUUUGUGGUCAUCUUUUUGCCGUUGCUGGGUGCGUUUUUCUGGCUGAAUGGGGUGAUUGCGAGGGCUUUCUGGACACGCCGUAAUCCAGUUGGUGGUGCACCGAAGCCCACGCGCAAGUGCUUGCCGAGUUCGUCCUGCGACACUAGCAGCCAGGAUAAGAAAACGCUUACCACUAACGUGACGUCGAAUCCUGUCGUCGAACGGCGCACUCCGGCAUCGGUGUUCACAUCUAACUGUACCUGUCCGCACCACAACACGACAGCCAUUGUCGGGGAGCAGACAACCCAAAGCGAGUUGGCAGGAUCUCCAACAGCAACGCGGACCACGCAAGGACACGCCACCGAAGCAACCUCGAACCGACGAAAACGCCAAAUGCACAUGUUCAAAGCGAUCGUCGUGUUGAUGCUGGUGUUUUUCGCGUGCCGCCUGCCAAUGUGGGUGUUCCUGCUGAUAAAGAUGGUGGGUGAAGCGAAUACUACCGCUUAUUGGAACCUGCAUUACUCGUUCGGCAUACUGGCGAUGCUGAACGCUGUGCUUAACCCGCUGAUGUACACGUUUCUGAGCGAGACGAUCCGGUUCACGCUGUUCGUGAAGGCAUACUGUGUGCGAGCCUGCGUGCAACCGUGUAAGAACGGGUUGCAGUGCAUUCGUGGCAAUGGCGAUGGUGGAUGCUGCAGAAGGACUCGUGACGUGAAGGAGCGAGACAGCAAUGCGAGUGAAAAUGAGGCUCACCACGCGGGCAUUUACAUGGGUGACUGA